CCAAGAAGCUCAAUUUAUCUGUUCAGUCAUUUAUGUAGGGAUGGAGAGCACAUCUAUAUGCCGCCUGCAGGGAUACUUUCAGAACACACACCGCGUUCAACUCUACUGUCACCGUCGUCAUCGCCAUCAGUUAUAAAUCAUGGAGCCUCGCAGCAACCUGCAUCCCUGCCGUGCCCAGAACCAGCGAGGAGGGAACCCGAAAGGCUGUGGACCACUCGCAAGACGCUUUUCUUAAUAAAUUCUUACAAAGAGGAGAUUACACGCGUCGGAAAGAAGUCUGCACACAAAACCAAGAAAGCUCUUUGGACCGAUCUGGCCAACAAACUGAACCAGGAAUUCGCAGAGGAGUUAACUGCAGUCCAGGUCCAAAACAGAUGGAAGUCCCUGGAAAGGGCUUACAAGAAUACAAAGAAAAGGAAUAACUCUUCUGGUAGUUGCCGAGUUACUUUUGAAUACGAAGAAGCUCUUCACGACGUGUUGGAAAAGCAGCACCACAUUACUCCAGUGGUACUUCUGGGCCAAGGAAAAUCAGUGGUUAAUAACGUUGAAGAUGACCACCUUGUUAAUGACGAAGAAACGCCGGUACCCGAUGUUUCAGAAGGCUUACACAAGACGCAGCAGCGGAGGAGAGUUGCGCGGAAGGAAUCUGCAGCAGUGGCCAUACGAGAGAUGACGGCAGAGCUGCGUCGCUGCAACGAUCUACGGGAAGCUCACCAUGAACAAAGAGUCGAACUCUUUAAAAUUUUCUUAGCCGAUAUACGAGCGAUGCGGGAGUCUCCCACAUGCACAUGUGGCCACGACACAAGGCUGUGCGCACAUGGACAGCAGCCGUGACUGUUCUGUCUCACAACUAUAAUAUGUAUAUGUACCCCAGCUGACAAUACAACAUUCUGGUUGCUUUUCUGUUUAUUUUUUUUUAUCAUGUAUGUAAUGAAAUGGCCCGGCACGAAGCAUGCCGACGCGACCUGUACCCUAAAAGUGACAGCAACAUUUACUUCGAGGACUGCUACAGGCCCAGUGCAAUGUCCCUACGUGUUUCUUCCACAUGUCGAUUGCCAGAUUCAUCAAUCUGCUCUUCUUCUUCUGUGGUCACCCACUCAACAUCGGGCAGCUCAUGGAUGUCAUCUAUGUCGUCUUGCUCUGCGCACAUAUUGUGCAGCACACAUGGCCCAAGCACUAUGAGACACGCUUGAUGGAUGCUGUCUGUGUCCACAUAGUAGAGACGUUGGAACCGCUGCUUGAGCACCCCAAAUGCGUGUUCUAUCGUAACGCGCUGCUGCGAGUGUACGAGGUUGUACUUCCUCUUCCAUGCAGAUAAACCCUGUCCAAUGUCUCUGUACGGGGUCAACAGCCACGGCAGAAGAGGGUAGGCGGAAUCACCUAG